AUGGGAGCGGAGCGGGGUCGGGUUUUGCCGGGGCUGGGUAAAUAAGCUCACCGAACUCGGAGUGGUGCGGAGCCGGGUGCUGCAGAUGUGGCUGGGGGAGAGCGCUGCACUGGGCCGGCACUAUUUGUCUGAGGAUCUCCAAGCACUCCUUGAACAUCUGGCCUCACAUCUCCACUGUAAGGAAGGCACUGUAUGAGAAACUGAUGAUGAUCAUAUUCAUGAACAGCUCCGACAGUGAAGAGGAAGCCUGUAAUGAGAGAACAUCACUGAUAUCAGCGGACAGCCCCCCUGCAGCCUCCUACCAGGAUGGCCUGCAAGCACCAGAAGCAGCAGAAACGCAGACACACAGGAAGAGGCGUACUGGUGGCAGUUGUAGCCCUAGUGAUGCUGACGGUGGUAAUUCUGACUCGGGAAUUCCAGUAAGAGAGAUUGCUGUGGACGAUAAGGAGGAGGAACUGACCCUGAAAUAUGGAGCAAAGCAUGUGAUCAUGCUUUUUGUGCCUGUCACGCUGUGUAUGGUUGUUGUCGUUGCCACCAUAAAGUCAGUGCGCUUCUACACAGAGAAAAAUGGGCAGUUGAUCUACACCCCUUUUAGUGAAGAUACACCUUCCGUGGGCCAGCGUCUCCUGAACUCCGUGCUGAAUACUAUCAUAAUGAUCAGUGUUAUCAUCGUGAUGACCGUGUUCCUAGUUGUGCUGUAUAAAUAUCGUUGUUACAAGUUUAUCCAUGGUUGGCUGAUUCUUUCAUCACUGAUGCUGCUGUUCCUUUUCACUUACAUCUAUCUAGGCGAAGUGCUGAAGACCUACAACGUGGCUAUGGAUUACCUCACCUUGUUCUUUGUCAUCUGGAAUUUUGGAGCAGUUGGGAUGAUUUGUAUCCACUGGAAGGGUCCCUUGCACCUCCAGCAGGCCUAUCUCAUUAUGAUCAGUGCGCUGAUGGCAUUGGUUUUCAUUAAAUAUCUGCCCGAAUGGUCAGCGUGGGUCAUUCUAGGAGCCAUUUCCAUUUAUGAUCUGAUCGCUGUGCUGUGUCCCAGAGGGCCAUUGAGAAUGCUGGUAGAAACUGCACAGGAGAGAAAUGAACCUAUAUUUCCUGCAUUAAUAUAUUCUUCUGCUAUGGUGUGGACAGUAGGAAUGGCAAAGCAAGAUGCAGCAUCAAGGAGCCUUACUCAGCAGACAUGGGAUUCAGCUGAAGACGUGAGAGAGAUCCAUGACAAUUCUGCAUAUGUGGAAUCUGAAAUCUCUGAGGCCAGGAGUCCAGCACCAACCCAUCCAACCACUUCCUUAUUAGAGGAUCUGGAAGAGGAGGAAAGAGGUGUCAAGCUGGGUCUUGGAGACUUCAUAUUUUACAGUGUGCUUGUAGGGAAAGCAGCUGCCACUGCUAGCGGAGACUGGAAUACAACACUGGCCUGUUUUGUAGCCAUCCUUAUAGGAUUAUGCCUGACUCUUUUAUUGCUGGCUGUGUUCAAGAAAGCAUUGCCUGCUCUUCCCAUCUCCAUCACCUUUGGGUUGGUAUUUUACUUCUCAACAGACAACCUGGUGCGACCUUUCAUGGACACCCUUGCAUCCCACCAAUUGUAUAUUUAAAGGUGCAGACAGAUGAGAGAUUUUUUUUUUUUAAAGCCUUGCUGUGAAGUAUGGCAUUUUAAAUGAGGAAGUUGUAUAGUUUUACACUUAGUGCCAUAUAUUUUUAAGAACUUUUUUUACAACUAUCAUGGGAUACUUAAUAAAAUCUAGUAGCUAACAUCCAGGGCUUUUUCAAGGGAGUUAGGCACCCAACUCCUAUUGAAAUUCACAGGAAGUUGAGUACCUAACUUACUUGGGCUCCUUGAAAACCCAGCUUUGGCGUUGGUGCCUGAGCAGUACUUGAAUGCACUUGAUAUAAAUGUCACCUGGU